AUGAGCUGCAUCAAAGAUGUUCCCACCCUUAGAGGGGAUAACUACACGGAAUGGAGGAAGAAGGUGGAUUUCGCCUUCGUGUGUGCUGAGGUGGACUGGGUGGUUGACACACCGCAGCCCAUCAAGCCUGCUGACCCCGUCAGAGCUGACGGGGAUACUGAUGAUGCAUGGGCUCAAAAGAAAAGGGACCAUGCUCCUGUGGAGAUGUCCUACGCCUUAGAGAACAGAAAGUGGCAGACUGCCAACAAAAAAGUGUACUUCACUUGGGAGUACCUAGAAAAGAUAAAGAGCCAGUUCAUCGGUUCUUCAAAGACAUAUACAACCCAGCUGUUGAAGCAGCUGGUGACAGAAAAGUAUACUGGAGGUGCACAUGGCAUCAGGGAGCACAUCCUCAGGAUGAGCAACAUGGCUGCAAAGCUGAAGCCCAUGGAUGCUGACCUGGAGCUGAAGCCUGCACUUCUGGUUCACUUGGUGAUGGCUUCAUUGCCACAACAGUUUGAAAACUUUGUCAUCAAUUACAACAUGAGCCCUGAGAAAUGGGACAUUGAAAAGACCAUUGCCAUGUGUGUGCAAGAGGAGGAUAGACUCAAGGCACAGAAUGGAGGUACCAUCAAUUAUGUGAAGGACAAUAAGAAAAGGCCCUUCACACCAAGCAACAAUGGUUCUCCUUCAAAGCAAUAUGGUAAAGCCCCAAUGCAAGCAUCGCGAAGUUCCAGCCAGGCCAUUGCCGGUGAACAAAGAUCGGUGUCUUCACUGUCGAAGAUCGGGCACUACAAGAAAGACCGCCUGCUUUUCGAAAGAACUAAUGGCAAAGAAAGGUGCAACUGUUCAUGUUGCAAAUUCUUUACGGGGAUUCCAUUCGACGAGGACUACGAAAAGAGGCGAAGGAUGCGUUGA